ACUUGCAGUCUCUCUCUCUCUCUCUCUCUCUCUCUCUCUCUCUUCAAAUUCCAAUAUAUAUAAUACUCUAAGACCCACAUUUUUCAUUACUCAGAAACACAAGAAAACCCAAGUAGAAGUCUUGAAACGAAACGGCACAGAAAACUUCCCUAUUGUCAAACCCUUCUUCUUCAUAACUUCCUUUCAUACCUUCUUCCAUGUCUGAUGAACUCAAAGACCUUUACUACGAUCCAUUCCAAGACGAUGGUCAAAAUCAAAAACUAGUAAAUAUUCCUCCCAUUUCUGGUUCAUCAUCGAUGGGUGCUGGUUAUAACAACAAUAAUCUACAAGGGUUUGAUCAAUAUCCUCCUUCUUCAUACACGAGCUUCACUGACUGUUUGCAAGGAGCUGCUGGAUCAGCCAUGGACUACAAUUCAAUCGCGAUGGCUUUCGGUCUCUCGCCUUCGUCGUCUGAAGUUUUUUCAUCCAUUGAAGGAAAUAAUAAUCAGAAGCAGUUCGAUCUCGGAGAUCAUUUGAGUGGUGCUAGCCAUGAGAAUCCGGUGACUCCAAACUCUUCUGUUUCUUAUUCUUCAACUGAGGCUGGUUUAGAAGAGGAUUCCGAAAAGAGUAACAAAGAUAGCAACCAGCAAAAAGGUUCGGAUGAUGGUGGAUCAGAUAACUCUAAGAAUAAAGUGAACAAAUUAGCAAAGAAAAAGGGAGAGAAAAAACAAAAAGAGCCGCGAUUUGCUUUUAUGACCAAGAGUGAAGUUGAUCAUCUGGAAGACGGGUACAGAUGGAGAAAAUAUGGACAAAAAGCUGUCAAAAAUAGCCCAUAUCCAAGAAGCUACUACAGAUGCACCACACAGAAAUGCACAGUGAAGAAACGGGUGGAGAGGUCAUUCCAGGACCCAUCCACUGUGAUCACAACUUACGAAGGUCAGCACAACCACCCGAUCCCGGCGACGCUUCGAGGAAAUGCUGCCGCAAUGUUCCAUUCUUCGAUGCUCACGACACCGACAUCGGUUUCGAGCUUCUCUCAGGAAAUGCUUUUUCAGAUGAACAGCCAACAACAAGGUGGUGCUGCAGGAUCUAUCUUUUCACAACAAAACGUUAACCCUCUUAACCACCAUUAUAAUCAUCAUCAUCAUCAUCAUCAUCAAAUCCCUGACUAUGGACUUUUGCAGGACAUGGUUCCGUCUUCCAUGUUCCUCAAACAUGAACCUUAACGUACGUACGUAGGUACCAUAUGACUACCUCCCUCUCUACUCAAUUUUCUGAUCAUUGUAAAUACAUCUAUAUAAUAUACGUGUACUAGCUACCUAGGCUGGUUAUUUGCUUGCUUAUUUACAUCAUCUUUGGUUAUUUGCUUUCUUACUUACAUGAUCUUUCUUUCUUUUUUCUGGACUAUUUAGAAUAUUACAGAAAAAAAUAUUUCACUUCGAAUAUCGGUUCUCAUAUAGCUCAAUCAAGAAGUGAAAUUGUUUUUCCCCUUUUUUUCAAUGUAUAAGCUUUGGGUAUCUAGUUUUCAGAGAGAACCUAGUGUUUGGCCUAGAGGAUUGCUUAUGCUUUGCCAUGAGUUUGUAUAAAUUAGACAAUGAAAAAGAUCCUCGUUGGGAUUUUUGAAGGAGAGAAACAGAAAUAUAUAUAUAUAUAUAUAGAUAUAGAUAUAAUUCUUCAAUUUCCAAAAUAAUAUUGCUUUUCGUUUCAUUUUUGCCUC